UUCAUUUAUUGAUAAAUUGAUAAAAGAGAAUAGACGUUCGCGAGAUUUCUGUGCUGAAAAACAUCUUUGUUAAUACAAUCUUUAUUGGGAAGAAAGCAGAUUGAAGUAGUGAUCAUGACUUCUACUUUACCUAAUGAAGCUGAUAGGAACGAGGAACGCCGACGUAGGUUGCUCUUGGGUCCGCUGCCUGCUGGGUUCCUGAGGGCUGAUGGUACUGUAGACAAUGUUGAUGCAGAUUACCAGGCUGCCCUCGCUCUGCAACAACAACUCAGUGGAGCUACUGUACCCGCUACUGGACCUCCUCUGACUGCCAGACUCAGCAUUACUAUAGCUCAAGCUAAGCUAUCUAAAAAUUAUGGUCUAACUCGAAUGGACCCUUACGUGCGUCUUCGCGUGGGUCACUGCAUAUACGAGACCCAGACCGACCCCAGUGGUGGAAGAACUCCGCGUUGGAAUAAAGUUAUACAUUGUUUACUCCCGCCCGGUGUCAACUCUAUUUAUUUAGAGAUCUACGACGAAUGCUCGUUUACAAUGGACGAGUUAAUCGCCUGGACUCACAUCAAUAUCCCGCAAGCCGUGCUCAAUGGUGAAACACACGAGAAUUGGUACCCUUUGAAUGGUAAACAGGGAGAUGGUAAAGAAGGGAUGAUCAACCUCGUGCUGAGCUACUCGGUGGGUCCGGCGGCGGUAGCCACGUUCCCGCCAGUGCUGGUGGUGCCGAGCACUGGCAUGGGGUACGCCGCCAUGCCAGUGUACCCCGCGCCGCACCCCGCGCCCUACCCCGCACCGCAGCCGCAGCACCAGCAGCAGCAGCUCUCGCCUGAGCAGUUGCAACAGAUCGAGGAGAUGUUCCCGAGCAUCGAGAAGGAUGUGAUCAAGUCUGUGCUGGAGGCGAACCGCGGCGACAAGGACGCCACCAUCAACUCUCUGCUGCAGAUGUCUGAGUAACCCUCCGUAUGUUCUCACUACACAUGUCAAAGUUACCCCUCUUUAUGUUCCGAUAGUCCACAUGUCAGAGUUAACACCGGUAUGUUCUCAUGUUUUUCACAUUUCAUAGUAACUUCCAUGUAUGUUGUAAUAUUUUACACAUGUUAGAACCAACUUUCCGUAUGUUCUCAAUACACAUGUCAGAGUAAACAUCCGUAUCUUUUAGACUUUACACACGUAAGAGUAAACUCGCCGUCUGUUCUCAUAUUUUACACAUUUCACAGUAACUUCCAUGUAUGUUGUAAUAUUUUACGUAUGUUAAAACCAACUUUUCGUAUGUUCUCAAUACAUAUGUCAGAGUAAACUCCCCAUGUGUUCUCAGUACACAUGUCAAAGUAACCUGACGGUAUACACUCAUACUUUACACAUGUCAGAGUAAGCUCUUGUCUUGUUUGUCAAAAGAAACUACCCCAUGCGGUAUAAAUGAAAAAUGUAUCCAUAAUUUUAAGUAUAUUAUAUUUUUAAAUAUUGUACAUACAUAAUCGGAGCCUAAA